CAUCUAAAAAUAAUGUUUUUACAAAAUGAUUCAAAUUUUUUCAUAAAACCAAAUGCAAUAGUAAAAUUGUAUAGACAAAUAAAACCAAAGACAGUUGAUACAGAGAAGAAGAGAAUAAAUUACAUAUAGAAUGAUAAAAAGCAAUAAAUGAAUAUUUUACAUUUUUCAAAGCCAAUGUUAUUAUUGGAUGUUCCUGAGGAGAGUAGAUCAAUAAGAAAUCCCAAUUAAACAUGUAGAAGUAGCAUAGGAUUUGGAAGAACUGGAAAUAGAAGGAGACAUUUAUUGACAUCUUAAAAAGAAUCACGUCUUGGUUAUAAGAUAUUGCACUAUUAGGAAAAUGAAGUACCAUAUGAGAUACAUAGUUAAAUGCCAAUAUCAUAAAUAAAUCCAAAAUUUAUAAUAUAAUAGAAAUAAGGUUGUGGAAUGAACCGACUGCCUAAUUUUAAAUUAUAAUUAUUCAAUUAAUUACCUGGAUUAAGAUAACAAUUGGAAUAAUAAUAUUGA